CUCUCCCCACUGUGGCCGGCUGAGCAAAUGCAGACGCCUGACGCUCCUACGUUUCUGAACAUCAAACUCUUUUUGUGACUCCACUCGCAUUGUCAAUUCUACGUGCAUUUAUACAUAUGUAACAUUAUACCCGUGAAUUACCUCGACAAGCGUAUUUCCUGGAAAGAGUGAAUUGCGAACGAAUCCCCGAGUCUCCAACACAUGUCAGUGCUGUGACUACGCUCCUAGUGUAAACCGUGUAAAUUCAAGUGGACAGAGUCGAACGGAGCACAACUUUUUUUGCGUUGAAGAAAAAAAAUUGAAUAACCUUACAAAUACGACUCUGCGCCGUCUGCCAUAGUGACAAACUCAUUUCCUCUUCCUUUUUCAAAAAAAAAAAAUAUAUAUAUAUAUAUCAGUGGAUAAAUAAUUGUUGCAUCGAUCACCGUUUGCUCUCGUUGCACAAUGACUGUCUGGUGCUGAAUUAGCCUCGUUCCACAGAAUUUCAUGAUUCCAAUGAAGGGAAACAAUUGAUGGAAAUUGGAGAAAAGUAGCGCGAGGGUGUUUAAUCCAAGUGUAUGUGUUGAUAAACAUAAUUUUUAGUGUUGAAAAGGAAGAUAAAUCCCAUUUUUUAACCGCAAAAUGACAAACGAAAUUAAACAGCCAGUUAGCAAUCUGGAAACUGAGUAUCUUGAGCUCAACUCAAAGAAUGCUUGGCCCCUCUUCUAUGAGCAAAUUCGCGACGAAUGUUUCAAAUUUAAUUAUCCGUGCAAUGAAUCGAGAAAGCCAACGAAUAAAAAUCUCAAUCGCUACAGAGAUGUUGCACCUUUUGAUCAUACCAGAGUCAUACUGGAGAGAGGUUCCUGUGAUUACAUCAAUGCUAAUUUCAUCAGGGUGGAUCGUGCACACAGACAUUACAUACUGACUCAGGGGCCUCUACAAAGUACCUCAGGACAUUUCUGGCUGAUGGCAUGGGAAAAACACUCCAGAGCUAUCGUUAUGCUCAAUAAAAUCGUUGAGAAAGAUCACGUUAAAUGCGAUCAGUACUGGCCACUGGGAACUCCGGAUAAUCAGUCAAUGACAUUCUUCGAUGUUAACCUCAAAGUUGAUUUUGUCAGUGAAACGCAUACACAUGAUUAUACGACACGAGUUUUGAAAUUAACUGAUCUAGAUUCUCAAGAGUCCAGGGAGAUUCUGCAUUUUCAUUACACGACGUGGCCGGAUUUCGGAGUUCCAGAGAGUCCAACUGCAUUCUUGCAAUUUCUCAAUGACGUGAGGAGGUCGGGAGCCCUCGAUGAAUAUGUUGGAUCACCGAUUAUACAUUGCUCAGCGGGAAUUGGAAGAUCUGGAACCUUUUGCCUUGUUGAUACUUGUCUGAUGCUGAUCGAAAAGGAUGGACUGAACUCCAUCAACGUUCGAAACAUUCUCGUGGAGAUGAGGCGUUCGAGGGUGGGACUGAUCCAGACCCCAGACCAAUUGAGGUUCUCCUAUGCUGCCAUCAUUGAGGGAUCCAGAGGACUACCAUCCAACAACCUGAAUGGUGCAACGAUCGAGAAUCAUUACGACAUCGUAAACAACAUCCACAACUUGGUGAAUCAGAAUAACGUGGAAGAGGAAGAGGAAGAUGAUGAGCCACCGCCACUGCCACCACCUCGAGGGGAGUCUCUCACCAGGAGCAUUAUGUCGGAUCAACUGGGCAAUGCCUCCACACCCGAGAAUGAAAUUGAGCCUCGCCCGCCGACCAAACCUCUGCCAAUGGAGCCAUCACCGAAAAUAUCAUCAAAUUCACACAACAAUGAGGAGCAUACAUCCAACAGCUCACAUCCGAACAACGAAUUACGUCAUCGUAAUCAAGAGAAAAAAGAACGAUUGGCUACACAGGUGCGGGAUAUGAAACGACGACAGAAAGAGACGGAAGACUGGCAGAAUUUCAAGAGGUCAUUAUUCAACCCAGUUACAAUAGGAAUAGAUCAAAAAGUGAAACAACGGAGAAGAGCCCUGAUACUGUACACGAGGAGGCAGAAUCGACGAUAUGAAAAUAGACGUAUUUACUUGGGAUAUAGUAAACACGAAACAACAGCAUAUAAAAUUUAUAAAUAAAUUUUUCUCUUACAAUACCAUGAAUUGAUAAUAGUUUGCCUCGUUUUUUCAAUACUUGGUGUAUCCGGGAGAAUAACAAUUGUAUAUUAAUUCAACGAACAUUAUCACCAAUGUUUUUGAUAAAUUUCAAUAAAUGCGCACUAUUUGAUACGAAA